AUGCCUGGGGCUUCUAGCCUAUUGGCAUCAGCCUUCGGGCUGCCCCGGUCGCGGUCGCAGUCGCGCAGUCGCACUGCCAGCCCGAACAAACGUGGCGACGUCACUGAUGCGACUUAUUCGGCCGAUUGGACUACGUCAUCAACUCCGUUGAAUUCAGCACCUGACUCACCGUCUGUUCCCGCGACUCCAACGUUUGCUGGAAGCGCCUUUGGCAGUCCUAGGCACCUCCCGAAAAUGGCAGACAGUGCCGUGGAUGUCGCCAGGGACUCCGCCCGCUCCAGCAUGGAGAAACUCAGCUUGACAAACUACCGCCAGGAGCUGGACAAGUUGAACGAGAAAUCUCAGCGCUCGAGCCCAGAUCGUACCGGGGACUCAAGUAGGUCCAGCAUGGAGAGUGGCCGCACGAGCAUGAGUGCCGACUGGCCUACCCAUCCCUAUGAGCUCAACCCCAUUGCCGAGCUGGACAAGCUCCCUCUCGGGUCUGAGGUGAAUUUUCGAGCCAGAAUUUCUACUCAGCGACAGUUAUCCAAGAAUCUGGACUUCCUCCUCUUCCGCGACCAAACAAACACCGUUCAGGGCGUGCUUUCUCGAGAAUAUCUCGACAUGGUUCGAUGGGUACAAAAGCUCAACUCCGAGUCCUUGGUGCAGGUCAAUGGAGUGCUCAAGGCGCCUCCCGAGGCCGUCCGCUCUGCUACACACUCGGGCGUUGAGGUCGAGGUGCAUUCUAUACAUCUUGUGAAUGCAGCACAUGGAGCGCCAUUCACCAACUACAAACCUCCCGAGACGCUGCGCAACCGCAUGACAUCACGAAUCCUUGACCUCCGUCAUCCCUCCAACCAGGCCCUGUUCCGGAUCCGCUCCAUGGUGACUCGCAUGUUUCGUGAGACCCUUGAGCAGCAGGGCUUUGUCGAAAUCAACACCCCCAAGCUCCAGCCCGCGGCUACUGAAAGUGGUGCGGCUGUUUUCAAAGUCAACUACUUUGGACGCAAUGCUUUUUUGGCUCAAAGCCCCCAACUAGCAAAACAGAGUGCGGUAUCAGCCGACUUUGGCCGAGUAUAUGAAGUCGGUCCCGUUUUUCGCGCCGAAAACUCCAACACCCAUCGCCAUCUUACAGAGUACACUGGGCUCGAUAUCGAAAUGUCAAUUGAACACGACUACCACGAAGUUAUUUGCGUCAUUGAUGAGUUCUUGAAGAAUGUCUUCACUUCUGUUUACGCCAUGCCUGAAGUCAAGGAAGUUCAGAAGCGUUGGCCAAGCAAGGAGUUCAAGUGGCUCGAAGAGACUCUUAUACUCAACUUUGAGGAUGGCAUUCAGAUGCUGCGGGAUGAUGGCCGUGACGUUGAAAUGGAAGACUUGUCUACCCCCGACGAGAUCCGACUAGGCGAACUGGUCCGGGAGAAGUAUGGCACGGACUACUAUGUAUUGGACAAAUUUCCAGCCAGCGCUCGCCCAUUCUAUACGCACAAGGACCCUGAAAACCCAUUCUGGACGAGGUCGUUCGAUAUCUUUAUCCGUGGACAAGAAAUCUGCUCCGGCGGCCAGCGUAUCCACGAUGCCGCUGAACUUCGCGAGAACAUGCAGGCGGUGGGCAUUUCGGAAGACGGCAUGGAAGACUACCUUGCAGCCUUUGACCUCGGUGCACCACCUCAUGCCGGCGCCGGUCUUGGCCUGGAGCGAAUUGUGGCUUGGAUGCUUGAGCUAGGUGAUGUCCGAUAUGCAUCUCUAUUCCACCGUGACCCCAAGUCACUGCCUGAGCGAGCACCCGGUCUGCCUCACCCAGACGCAGAUACUACCAAGCCUCUUCGAGAUGGUGCCAUGCCACCUGUCGAGAAGCUUAUUGCUAACUAUGGCGAUGCUUCCAACACCUCUUGGUUGGAUGAACGAUUCAAGAUUUGGAGACACCCAAGUGGUGCAGCCGUUGGCUACGUCAAGCAGGAUAAAUUUGCCAUGAUCACUGGAGAUCCUCUCUGUGACAAGACUCAGUACAAAGAUGUCUGUGCAGCAUUCGUCAAGUUUGUUCUCUCUGAGCUCAAGCUUACUCCCGUAUGGAUGCUCGUCUCCUACGAGAUUCAAAAAAUUCUCGCUCAGCAGAUGAGCUGGCGAACUCUGUCGUGCACUGAGGAACAGCGUGUUGAUGCCACCAAGCACCACGCCAUUAAUGGUGGUGGCCCCAAGGCCAGACGUGUCGAGCGCGAGGGUGUCAAGAUUCACGAAGUCAAGCCGGAUGCCGACUUCAUCAGACGUGCAGACGAAGCCAUCGUGAACUGGAAGGCCAACCGCAAGGGCAAACAAGUGCACCUUACUGAAGUCCGCCCCUGGAUCGACAUGGAACACCGCCGCUACUAUGCUGCCGAGAAGGACGGCAAAGUCCUGGCCAUGGUGGUCUUGGCCAAGCUGUCUCCCAAACAUGGCUGGCAAGUCAAGUGGGCGCUUGACUUCCCUGGUUCUGUCAACGGCGCCAUUGAGGUGUUGAUUGAGUACACCCUGUCCACAAUCACAGGUCAAGUCACCUUUGGCGUCGGGGUUUCCGAGAAGCUGACUCCUGGAGAGCAUCUUCAUGGCAUUCGUGCCAGGUUCCUGGCUACUACCUACUCUUCCAUUGUGGAUAGCCUGGGACUCCGUCGCAAGGCUGGUUUCCGAAGUAAGUUCGGCGCUCUCGGCGAAGAAGUCUACAUUUGCUACCCGAAGCACGGUGUCGGUCUGCGGGAUCUUCAACAGAUUAUCAAGUUCUUCCAGGACUAA